GAAAAAUGGCCAGAAGGCUUCAGAGGCAAAGGAGGUGAAACUGUACGGUCAGAUUCCUCCUGUAGAGAAGAUGGAUGAAUCUCUCUCCACGCUUGUUAAUUGCGAGAAACUAUCGCUGUCUACAAACUGCAUUGAAAGAAUCGCCAACUUGAGCAGCCUAAAAAAUCUGAGGAUUCUGUCUUUGGGAAGAAAUAACAUAAAGAACUUGAAUGGAUUGGAGGCAGUUGCAGAGACUUUAGAGGAGCUGUGGAUCUCAUACAACUUCAUUGAGAAACUGAGAGGUAUUCGUGUAAUGAAGAAGCUGAAAGUUCUUUACAUGUCGAAUAAUCUGGUGAAAGACUGGGCAGAGUUUGUGAGGCUGGCAGAGCUGCCGUUACUGGAGGAUCUGGUGUUUGUAGGCAAUCCUCUACAAGAGAAAUAUGCCUCCGAUCAGAACGCUUGGAUUGAAGAAGCAACCAAACGGGUACCCAAACUGAAAAAGCUGGAUGGUAUCUUAGUUAUUAAACAAGAAGAAGAUGAAGAAGGAGCAAACUGAUGAAACUUUUUUCUUGGGUAUUUAUUUAAGUAACUCCAGAUAGCUUGGCACAUAGAACUUUUAUAUUAAAUGUUUGUUUUGAAGAAAAUCUUCAGGCAAUAUUUAGAAGACCAGCCAAUCUCCACAGUCUCUCACCCAAAGAGUUAGCUACCAAAAUAUGGGCACACCAGUUUGGUCAAGCUGAUGACACCUUCUGCAGAGACCAGUGGAGCCAAGUUUACCUACUGUUUGGCUAGCAAGAGAUCCUUACCAAAACUAAUAUGUAACUGUUUUUACUCCCUGAUUAGUGGUGCUUGUUGUUAACUCUUGGGUUAUAAUAGAACCAUUUUAGCUUUUUUAAUGCAGCUGGCCAACAGUUAUCAUUGGACCACCGAGGCCAAAAGAACAAUGUUGUGAUUUAGAGGCACAUUGGAAGCUUUGUUGUGUUUAAGUUUGCCAUGGGAAUCCUUCACUACAUUAAACAUGCAGUUUGCCUUUUCAUCCCCUUAACCCUAACGCCAAACAGGCCCAGGAGUUGCAGACCUACGCACAAAAAAGCUAUUGGUCUGACAAUCACUUGCUACUAGCCUUAAGAAUUGAACUGGGCUUCUCACAUUGGAACUCAACUGCAUUGCUUAGAAGGCCAUCUGUAACUUAUAUAUUUAUUUAUUUUAAAGAAGCAAUGGGAAUGCUUUGCAUGGUUUCAGUGAGACUAAAAUAGCUGCUGGCCUUUUGUGUUGUCUCUUACUAAGAAGUUAUUUUAGAUUGGAAUAUGUGACCCCUUAUCCUACAGCUGGUUUCUAGUUUUGGUUUGGAUCACUGGUGGAAGACAUAAUUCUUCUCAGCUCUGCAAUUUUCCUAUAACUGAUAUUAAUGCAGAAACAAAGAGUGAAUAAAUGACCUGGGCUUGAGUGCAGAAAAUUCUGGUUUGGGGGAUACUAAUGUUUUAUGAAAGCACGAGGUAAGCAGUGAGAGAAAGUGCAUGUAGUUAGUGGGGAAGAUGAGGGGAGAGAGAGGUGAGACAAGAUGAAAAGUGGGCAUGGGGAGGGGGAAAUAAAAAUUAAGUAUUGAAGAUAUACUAAUUGUGCUACAUUGCAGGGUAAGCAGUUUUAGCAAAGCCCCCUUAUGUGACAGGUGACUAUUUUUAGUGAAAAGCAUUACAGAGUGGUGAAGACAUACUUGCCUGCACUGCUGGAUGCCAGUAGUGGGCUUUUUCUUCUUCUCUUUAGAGAACAGAUCAAGUCACAUGAGUAGAUGUUUCUAGAGCUCAGGUUUG